GUGUCACGCGCCUCAUAAAAAUCGUCAAAGAACAAGCCCGGAUAUUUGUUUCAAGAAAAAAAAAUAAAGAAAAUCAUCAGAUAUAAUCUUAAUUUAUAGCUUUUCAUAAUGGCAAAACCGAGAGCGUCUGAAAGUGUAGAAAAGGAAGAAAAAUCCAGAGGACGUGAUAAGGAUCGCAAAAAGCGCAGAUCUGGAUCUAGCAGCUCGGAUAGUAGUGCUAGCUCGUCAGAUAGCAGCUCGUCUCGUUCAUCUUCAGGUUCAAGUAGCUCAUCCUCUAGCAGUUCUUCGAGCAGCUCCAGCAGUUCAUCGAGUAGUGACCGCGGUCGUUCUCGCCCCAAACGCAAGUCACUUUCGAAAAGUCCCGCAAAAGAUACAGCGAAAGACGGUAAAGAUGGAUCCGCAAGGUCCAAGGAUAAGCGAUCGGCGGACCGAGCGAGUGCCGACAAAGAUGCUCGCAAGUCUCGAUCAGUCUCUCGUGGACGCCGUAAUCGUGAACGACGCGACACUAAGUCGCGUUCACGCUCUCGUGAUCGCAAACGAAAGGAACGUUCACCAUCACCAAAACCAAAACGCAUCCAUAUCGGCCGAUUGACACGCAACGUCACAAAAGAUCACAUUAUGGAAAUCUUCAGCACAUAUGGUGAAAUCAAGUCUGUCGAAUAUCCAAUGGACCGUUUACAUCCCACAACUGGUCGUAGUUUUGCUUAUAUUGAGUAUGUGAGCGCGGAUGAUGCCGAAGCUGCCAUGAAACAUAUGGAUGGAGGUCAGAUUGAUGGGCAAGAAGUAACUGCCGCUCCAGUUUUACUUCCACGCCGGCCAAUCGGAGGCAGACGAUUCUCUCCGCCACAAAGACAACGUCGUAGAACUCCACCACGGUUCAGACGAAGAUCUCCUCCAAGAUCAUUUGGGCGUAAAAGAUCUCGAUCUCGUAGUCCCAUCAGACAAAGACGUCGCAGAAGUAGCUCCGAUAGCUCUCGUUAAAUCAAUCUCAUUGAUGAUUUCUAAACAUAACCAGGAUUUUCGCUUUUUUUUUCACAUUUUACAUCUACCUGUAUUUCGUAGACAUCUAAGAACACCCAUAAAUGUAUCGUAAAUAUUUAAAAUUUGAAUAAAUUUAAUGACUAA